GCUGGCGGCGGUGGUCGGCUUGGUCGCUUUAGCAGUUUCGGUUUUGAGCUUUCUCUUCCCGUCUUCAGUCUUCUACUCUUCCUCAAGCGUAUUUUGAUAUACUUGCAGAGCACUCGUGAUCAUGGUCUCUGGCUUCAAGCUUCGACUACACCGACAUGUGUGUUAGCAUACUCUGAUGCAGAUUGGGCAGGCUGUCCAGAUAGCUCUCGUUCUACUACUGGAUUUGCUAUCUUCUUGGGUCCCAAUCUGGUUUCUUGGAAGUCCAAGAAACAGUCGACAAUGUCCAAGUCCUCCACUAAGGCCGAAUACAGAGCUAUUGCCUAUACAAUUUGGGAUGCACUGCAUAUUUGGUCCAUACUUUUUGAGCUUGGAUUUCCCAUCACGGUACCUGUUAAUUUACUAUGUGAUAAUAUCUUCGCUUCCUACUUGAUUGCUAAUCAUGUUCAACAUGCUCGGAGCAAUCACAUUCAGAUUGAUUAUCACUUUGUUCGAGAGAGAGUUGCUCAUGGUGAUUUACUGGUGCAGUAUGUUCCUACUCAUCUAUAGCUAACAGAUAUUUUUACUAAGAGUCUUCCUAGUCAACGUUUUCAUUUUUUAAAGGACAACUUGCGCAUUGUAUCUCCCGCACAGUUUGAGGGUGUUUAAUAGACUAGGGUUAUUUAUGUAUUUUUAACAUUACUAUCUUAAUAUAAAUAUACCUGCCAAUGUU